AUGCCGCCCAAGACAGCCGCGUCGGGACGUGGGCGCUCGCAGCACACACGCAACUCGUCCAUCACAUCGCAGCGAGACAAGGACGAGGGCGAGCCGUUCCAUCCAGCUGCGGAUGCCGCCACCUUCCGCGAUCUGCUCAUCUUUGAGGAGCGUCUGAAGCAGAAUGCCGCACGACUGCAGGCUCGCAAACGCAAGUACGAGCUGCUGCUGGCUGGCUUUGUCGGGUUCAUCCUGUGCCUAUCGCAUUUUGUCGUCGUCUCUCCGCGGUCUUCGGUGUUUCUGCAGUACAGCCUGGCUGCAGUGCUCAUGAUCUGCCUCACCACACUCUUCCUCUUUUUCGCCAGCGGUAUGCAUGCAGAACGCAUCCGAUCCGCCAACAAGUUCGUCCCGCAGGCGAAUCGAAGUUUGCGCAGCUUCAACAUGUAUCUCAACACGCGCACCUCGGCUUCCUCGCGGUGGUGGUCCCUCCGUCGGCUGCUCCGACCCGAUCAAACUACCAAAUCCACAUCGAAGGAAUCCUCAUCGCUAGUCAGUAUGGUUGACAAGGCGCUCAACCGAGGAACGACCGUGUCGAAGUCUUCCUCGCGGCUGUCGAGUGGAGCAUCGAGUCCGCGCAGAGCUGCACUGUCUUCCAUCCCGCCAUCGCAGAACAGCAGGGGCGAACUCAUCUUUAGCAAUCGCGUCAGUCCCGACUUUCGCGAAGGCUACGAGCGGUAUCGUGCGGCGUUUGAGCGACGAAGGGCCGAAAAGAUCGCAGCCAAGCGCGCUCAGUCGUGGAAGAGGUGGUUCGACUACCUGCUUGCGCGCAAUUCGACUCAGCCAGCCAACGACUCCACACCCAAGCGCACGCAGGCCCGCAGCUCCCGUCCGAGCGCAGCACAUUCGCAUCCCACACGCAGCUCAAAACAUCGCACUCCGCGGUCGGGGCAGUCGACCACCCAGCCCGAUUCCGGCAACGAAAUGGCUGCAGCUUCAGACGAUGCCCCCCCGCUCCACAGUGCUGGUGCUCACGGCGAAGACCUCAGCGAGGGCGGCUUGAGCGACGAUGGCUAUCCCCCAUCCAUGGCCUCCGGCUCAUCCUUAUCCGGUCACGAACCAACAUAA